GGUGGCCGGCAGAGGACAAUAGCCUCGCGAAGCGGAGGCAAGGCUUUGCAAGGUGUGGGACGCAGCUGGUGUGCGCUGGGCUUGGAGAGCGGCGGGGCUUCAGGCAAAUGGCAGCGGCAUCUGCAGCAUCGGUGCUGCUGGUGGCGGCGGAGAGGAACCGGUGGCAGCGUGUCCCGAGCCUGCUGUUGACACCCAGGAGAUGGACAUGGAAGCAAAGAACCAUGAAGUAUGCAACAACCACAGGACGAAACAUCACUAAGGUCCUUAUUGCAAACAGAGGUGAAAUUGCCUGCAGGGUGAUGCGAACAGCCAAGAAAAUGGGUGUACAGUCUGUGGCUGUUUAUAGUGAAGCUGACAGGAAUUCCAUGCAUGUAGACAUGGCAGAUGAAGCAUAUUCCAUUGGCCCAGCUCCCUCACAGCAGAGUUACCUUUCUAUGGAGAAAAUCAUUCAAGUGGCCAGAAUAUCUGCUGCACAGGCUAUCCAUCCAGGUUAUGGUUUCCUUUCAGAAAACAUGGAAUUUGCUGAACUAUGUAAGCAGGAAGGCAUUAUUUUUAUAGGUCCUCCUUCAUCUGCUAUUAGAGACAUGGGGAUAAAGAGCACCUCCAAAUCCAUAAUGGCUGCUGCUGGGGUACCCAUUGUGGAAGGUUAUCAUGGUGAAGACCAAUCAGACCAAUGCCUGAAAGAGCAUGCUGGAAGGAUUGGUUACCCAGUUAUGAUUAAAGCAGUCCGUGGUGGUGGAGGAAAAGGUAUGAGGAUCGUUAGAUCUGAAAAUGAAUUUCAAGAGCAGUUAGAAGCAGCUCGCAGAGAAGCUAAGAAGUCUUUCAAUGAUGAUGCGAUGCUGAUUGAGAAGUUUGUGGAUACACCCAGGCACGUAGAAGUUCAGGUGUUUGGUGACCACCAUGGAAAUGCUGUGUACUUGUUUGAAAGAGACUGUAGCGUACAGAGGAGACAUCAGAAAAUCAUUGAGGAAGCCCCAGGGCCUGGUAUUAAACCUGAAGUAAGAAAAAAACUCGGUGAAGCUGCAGUCAAAGCUGCCAAAGCAGUAAACUAUGUUGGAGCAGGAACUGUGGAGUUUAUUAUGGACUCAAAGCACAAUUUUUACUUCAUGGAGAUGAAUACGAGACUGCAAGUGGAACAUCCUAUUACUGAGAUGAUCACAGGAACUGACUUGGUGGAGUGGCAACUUAGGAUUGCAGCUGGAGAGAAGAUUCCUCUGAGCCAGGAUGAAAUAACUUUGAAGGGUCAUGCCUUUGAAGCUCGAAUAUAUGCAGAAGAUCCUGACAAUAACUUCAUGCCAGGGGCUGGACCAUUAGUGCAUCUCUCUACCCCUCCAGCAGACCUUUCCACUAGGAUUGAAACUGGAGUACGGCAAGGAGAUGAAGUUUCAGUGCAUUAUGACCCCAUGAUUGCAAAGCUGGUUGUAUGGGCUGCAGACCGCCAGGCAGCCUUGACAAGACUGAGAUACAGCCUUCAGCAAUACCAUAUUGUCGGACUGCACACCAACAUUGACUUCCUGCUCAGCCUAGCUGGCCACCCCGAGUUUGAAGCUGGAAAUGUGCACACCGAUUUCAUCCCUCAACACCGAGAUGCACUGUUACCCAGCCGGAAGGCCACAGCCAAAGAGUUUUUAUGCCAGGCAGCACUGGGUCUCAUCCUCAAGGAGAAAGCUAUGACUGAUGCUUUCAGAAUUCAGACACAAGACCGAUACUCUCCAUUUGCUUUCAGCGGUGGAGGAAGAUUGAAUAGCUGUUACACCAGAAACCUGACUCUUAAGGAUGGUAAAAACAAUGUAGCCAUAGCUGUAACAUACAAUCGUGAUGGGUCCUAUAGCAUGCAGAUUGAAGAUAAAACUUUCCAAGUCCUUGGUGAUCUGUAUACGGAGGAUAACAGCACUUACCUGAAAUGUUCUGUUAAUGGAGUUGCUAGUAAAACUAAGCUAAUUAUCCUGGAAAACACUAUUUACCUAUUCUCUGCGGGAGGAAAUGUUCAGAUUGGCAUUCCAGUCCCCAAAUACUUAUCUUUGGAGAGCUCAGAAGGAAUGCAAGGAGGCACCAUAGCUCCAAUGACGGGAACCAUUGAAAAGGUGUUUGUAAAAGCUGGAGACAAAGUGAAAGCUGGAGAUUCUCUAAUGGUUAUGAUUGCCAUGAAAAUGGAGCAUACUAUAAAGGCUCCAAAGGAUGGCACGAUUAAGAAAGUGUUCUAUCAAGAAGGUUCUCAGGCUAACAGACAUGCUCCUUUAGUCCAGUUUGAGGAGGAGGAGUCUGGCAAAGGGGAAGAAAAAUAAAUUCCAUCAAAGAAAUGACAAGCUGAACUCUACUUUAAGUAUGAUAUCUUUAGGGGCCUCCACUGGUGGCGCAGUGGUUGAGCGCUGGGUUGCGAGGCUGCCCGCAGCCUCUGCAGCGCCAGUUGAGAUCCCUGGCCACCGGUGAGGGUCCCACAAAAAAAAAAAGUAUGAUAUCUUUAUACCAAAAAGAGAAAGUGCCUUUUUGUUUUUCUUGGGGUCUAAUAAACAGCGGUUUUACUAAAUGAUUAUAUGGUUGUGCCAAAACCUUUCAUAUUUAAGAAUCAUGUACUUGGAUCACAAAUACAAUAAACUCUCAAAAACGUUCCUAUUAAUAAAACUGAAUUAUACAUUUUUAUUGGAAGCUAAUAUGGUUUGUUUCUACCUUGAAUUUUAUGUAAUGUAAUGUCUUUAGGAAAGUGGGAAGCCACUUAAUCAAAAGAGAAUGAUUAGAAGAGAAAAGGUGGUUUAACUAAAUGAAUUCUUUCCCAUUUAUAAUUGUAAUGAAAAUUGGCAUUAACAUAGUUUGGAGACAGAUGCCAUAGAAUUAAACUCAACCAAGGUUUUGCUUUCACCAAAGAGUAACUUAUUAGGCAGUUUAAAGAUUUAGAUGUUACUUGUUUCUUAUCUCUGUGUUUGGAAAUUUCCUAUCUAGACUGCUUCUGCUUUUAUUUUACUUUCUAAGCUUG